AUGGCUGAGAAUCAGAGGGAUAUUGAGAAUCCAGGCGAUGAUGGUGGCAAUGAAGCCCAAGGCCCAUAUCACCAAAUCAUAUGUAAAGCUGCGAAACGUGGGGACUGGGAAUCUGCUAAACAAAUUCUAGAUAUCAAUGUGAAGUAUGCUUGUGACAGGAUUACAAAAGGAGGAGAUAGGGCUCUCCAUAUUGCCGCCGCCGGGAAACACUCAGAAUUUGUGAAACAACUAGUGAUGAGGCUAAAUCCAGAGGACAUGGAGCUCAAAAACGACAGAGGAUGUACCGCUUUCUGUUACGCGGUCGUGUCCGGGGUCGUGGCCAACGCUAAGGUUAUGAUUAUCAAGAAUCGCAACCUUUCGACCAUCCGGGCAUAUGAUGAUAUGAUCCCUAUCCAUCAGGCCGCAUUGUUAGGCCACAAGGAAAUGGUUUCUUUCCUCUGCACUGUCACGCCUUUUCAGGAGUUGAUUUACCAGGAACGCAUUGAGCUUUUGGAAGCCACUAUUCGGAAUGAUAUGUAUGAUGAAGCAUUAAACUUCUUUCACAAGGAUAGACGUUUGGCCAGUGCUAGGUUGAAAGGGAAUCGAUCGAUGUUGAAUUUGUUAGCUCGAAAGCUUCAAGCGCUUACUACUGAAAAACAAGAAGGGGUUUGGCGAAAGUUUGUUGGCUCAACUUCUGCAUUAUUCUCUACACCUUUGCAGAAUAGUACUCAAGAACAAUCUUCUCCAACAAGUUGUAAAGCCCGUAAGUUACUUGAAGAGAUGUGGGAAGAGUAUAGCAAUUUAACCGAAAAGUUUGCACAUCUAAUCAGGCCACAACAGAUACUUCACUGCGCUGCAAAAGAGGGCAAUGAUCAGUUUUUAGACAUGAUUCUUCACACUAAUCCUGAUCUCUUGUGGGAACUCAACGAAAAAAGACAAAGCAUUCUCCACGUCGCUGUAUUGCAUCGACAAGAGAAAGUCGUCCGUCUUAUAUGUAACAUACAUGGCUAUAAAGAUUUCAUCACUCUCCUCGAAGACAAAGACCGCAACAAUGUUUUACAUUUAGCGGCAAUGACUCAAACCACAUUUUGCAGAGAUAAUAACGAAAACCCAUUACCUGAUGAGCAACUUACACAGAGGGCAAAAGAGCAAGAGAAGAUUAUGCCACAAUCACUUCUCCGGUUAUCCACCGCAGCCCUUCAAUUUGACAGAGAGAUUUCAUGGUUUAAGGAUAUGGAGAAUAUGAUGCCACCAUCAUUAUGCGACAUGCUAAACGACGACGACAGAACACCAAAGCAAUUAUUCUCAAAAGAGCACAUGUCGCUGAAGAUAGAGGGCGAAAAAUCCAUUAGAGACACAGCAAAGUCAUGCAUGCUUGUGGCAACGUUAAUCGCCACGGUGACGUUUUCCGCCAUCUUCACCGUGCCAGGUGGCAAUCAUCACGAGGGCGCGGGAGCUAAGAAGAAAACCGUUUUCACAGUAUCAGAUGCCGUGGCAAUGAUCUACUCAAUGGUGUCAAUUGUCAAUUUUUUAUCCAUCCUCAUUUUGCGUUACACGGAAGAUAAUUUUCACGUGGCAUUGAAAAGAUUGUUCAUGGGACUGGCGGCGCUGGGCGUGUCGAUUGCUGGGAUGCUCGUGGCUUUUACGGCUGCGUUCUUUUUGGUGUAUAAUAAGGCAUUGGUGCCAAUUCUGAUCGCUGUGUUUUCGGGUGUGCCAGUUGCUUUGUUUUGGUUCCUAAAUACGAAGCUCUGGUUUGAGUCCACUGCUUCAAUGUUCCGUAACUUGUAUCGCUUCAUCCAACAAUGA